CUGAGGCCGGAAGGGGCGGGCGCUGAGGAACGUGGCUCCGCGCGCGCAGAGGGAGGGGAGGCUCGGGGUCAAGGAGCAAACCCGGCACAAGAUGGCGGCGGUAGCGGCAGUGGCUACGCGUAGGAGGCGGUCUGGGACCGGUUUGGUCCUGGCUUGUCUAGGGGUCUGCCUGGGACUCACCCUUGCCGUGGAUAGAAGCAACUUCAAGACCUGUGAAGAAAGUUCCUUCUGCAAGCGACAGCGAAACAUACAGCCAGGCCACUCUCCAUACCGAGCCUUGUUGGAUUCUCUGCAGCUUGGUCCUGAUGGCCUCACAGUCCAUCUGAUCAACGAGGUCACCAAGGUGUUGCUGGUGCUGGAGCUCCAGGGGCUGCAAAAGAACAUGACGCGGAUCAGGAUCGAUGAACUGGAGCCCCGGCGGCCUCGAUACCGGGUGCCGGAUGUGCUGGUGGCUGAUCCCCCCACAGCUCGGCUUUCUGUCUCUGGCCGAGACGACAACAGUGUGGAGCUGACCGUGGCUGAGGGGCCCUAUAAAAUCAUCCUGACUGCACGGCCCUUCCGCCUGGACCUGCUGGAGGACCGCAGCCUUCUGCUCAGCGUCAACGCCCGCGGACUCCUGGGCUUUGAGCACCAGAGGGCCCCCCGGGUCUCUUUCUCGGAUAAAGUUAGUGUCACGCUCGGUAGCGUUUGGGAUAAGAUCAAGAACAUUUUCUCUAGGCCAGAAUCGAAAGACCCCGCUGAGGGUGAUGGCGCCCAGCCCGAGGGAGCCCCUGGGGAUGGGGACAAGCCAGAGGAGACCCCGGGAAGCACAGAGAAAGAGGAGCCGGGAGCCUGGGAGGAGACGUUCAAAACGCACUCCGACAGCAAGCCUUACGGCCCCACGUCUGUGGGCUUGGACUUCUCACUGCCGGGCAUGGAGCAUGUGUAUGGGAUCCCUGAGCAUGCAGACAGCCUGAGGCUGAAGGUCACUGAGGGUGGGGAGCCAUAUCGCCUCUACAAUUUGGAUGUGUUCCAGUACGAGCUGUACAACCCCAUGGCCCUGUACGGGUCUGUGCCUGUGCUCCUGGCACACAGUCCUCAUCGCGACCUGGGCAUCUUCUGGCUCAACGCCGCGGAGACGUGGGUGGACAUAACCUCCAACACGGCCGGGAAGACCCUGUUUGGAAAGAUGCUAGACUACCUGCAGGGCUCCGGGGAAACCCCGCAGACAGAUGUCCGCUGGAUGUCGGAGAGCGGCAUCAUCGAUGUCUUCCUGCUGCUGGGGCCCUCCGUCUCGGAUGUCUUCCGGCAGUACGCCAGUCUCACCGGGACCCAGGCCUUGCCCCCGCUCUUCUCCCUCGGCUACCACCAGAGCCGCUGGAACUACCGGGACGAGGCCGACGUGCUGGCGGUCAACCAGGGCUUCGAUGACCACGACCUGCCCUGCGACGUCAUCUGGCUGGACAUCGAGCACGCGGACGGCAAGCGGUACUUCACCUGGGACCCCAGCCACUUCCCCCAGCCCCUCGCCAUGCUGGAGAAGCUGGCAGCCAAGAGGCGGAAGCUGGUGGCCAUCGUGGAUCCCCACAUCAAGGUGGACUCCGGCUACCGCGUGCACGAAGAGCUGCAGAGCCAGGGUCUGUAUGUCAAAACGCGGGAUGGCUCCGACUACGAGGGCUGGUGCUGGCCAGGCGCCGCUGGUUACCCCGACUUCACCAAUCCCCGGAUGAGGGCCUGGUGGGCUGACAUGUUCAACUUCGACGAUUAUAAGGGCUCCGCUCCCAACCUCUAUGUCUGGAAUGACAUGAACGAACCCUCUGUGUUCAAUGGCCCUGAGGUCACCAUGCUCAAGGACGCCCAGCAUUACGGCGGCUGGGAGCACCGAGACGUGCACAACAUCUAUGGCUUCUACGUGCACAUGGCGACUGCUGACGGUCUGGUGCAGCGCUCUGGGGGUGUGGAGCGCCCCUUUGUCCUGAGCAGGGCGUUCUUCGCUGGCUCCCAGCGCUUUGGAGCCGUGUGGACAGGGGACAACACUGCAGACUGGGACCACCUGAAGAUCUCUAUCCCCAUGUGCCUCAGCCUGGCGCUGGUGGGGCUGUCCUUCUGUGGGGCUGACGUGGGCGGCUUCUUCAAGAAUCCGGAGCCAGAGCUGCUUGUGCGCUGGUACCAGAUGGGUGCCUACCAGCCAUUCUUCCGGGCACAUGCCCACUUGGACACUGGGCGGCGAGAGCCGUGGCUGUUACCGUCUCAGUACCACGACGUCAUCCGAGAUGCCUUGGGCCAGCGAUACUCCCUGCUGCCUUUCUGGUACACUCUCUUCUACCAGGCCCACCGCGAAGGGUUUCCUGUCAUGAGGCCCCUGUGGGUACAUUAUCCUCAGGAUGUGAGCACCUUCAGUAUGGACGACCAGUUCCUGCUCGGGGAUGCGUUGCUGGUUCACCCUGUAUCAGACCCUGGGGCUCAUGGUGUGCAGGUCUAUUUGCCUGGCCAAGGGGAGGUGUGGUAUGACGUUCAGAGCUACCAGAAGCAUCACGGUCCGCAGACCCUGUACCUGCCUGUGACUCUCAGCAGUAUCCCCGUGUUCCAGCGCGGAGGGACCAUUGUGCCCCGGUGGAUGCGCGUGCGGCGCGCUUCAGACUGCAUGAAGGAUGACCCCAUCACGCUCUUUGUGGCACUCAGCCCGCAGGGCACAGCCCAAGGAGAGCUCUUUCUAGACGACGGGCACACGUUCAACUACCAGACUCAGCACAAGUUCCUGCUGCGGCGAUUCUCAUUCUCUGGCAACGCCCUUGUCUCCAGCUCAGCAGACCCCAAAGGCCACUUUGAGACCCCGAUCUGGAUUGAGCGGGUGGUGAUCAUGGGGGCUGGGAAGCCAGCAGCUGUGGUGCUCCAGACCAAAGGAUCUCCCGAGAGCCGCCUGUCCUUCCAGCACGACCCCGAGACCUCUGUGCUGAUCCUGCGCAAGCCUGGCGUCAACGUGGCCUCUGACUGGAGCAUUCACCUGCGAUAACCCGAGGGGUGCUGGGGGGAGGGUGCUGUUGUGAUGUGAGUUCCUGUUCCUUCCGCCUCGGAGUUUGACCUUUCCCAGACAUCACUGUUCCUAUCCCAGGACCCAGGUUCUGCCAGCACCUGAAGGAGGAGAGGGCUGUCUGUGCUGUGAACACCCCCUCCCCCCAAGUCCCUGAGCCUCCCUUCACCCCAGCACUCUGUUGCUCUGCUCUGUCUGGGGCACAUGCACCUGUGAAGACCUGGGACCACAGGGCCCUUGCUUUCCCUUCUCCUUCUGGGCGUCCUGGACCCCCAGACCCUCUCCACUCCUAUCUCGGGGUGUUGAUGCCAUUCCUUGGAAGAAGUUGAGGGCAGUGAGCUUUAGGGCUCCUUUUCUCCGACUGCUUCCUCCUCCCAGACUGCUGUCCCUCUUUAUUUCUUCCUCCUGCUGCUUCUGUCCGCCCUCCCCUUUCUGUGUCCCACUGAGACCCGGGGACCAUCCUUCCUGGUGAGGCUGAGUGAUCAAAGGCGUGAGGUUUCUGGAGAAGGUCCUCUUCCCUCUCUUCCCGCUGCUUCCAACCUUGCCUCUUUCCCGUUCCUUCCGGAGCUGCUGGAGCUCGACGGGGGCAGGUCUGCCCUCUGUCCUUAGGGGAGAGAAGUUUCCACUUCUUAAGUGGGGUUGGGCAUUACACUUACUUUGUCCCCUUUUUGUCCCCUUGAGGGGCAUUCAAGAUGGAGAAAUCAGUUGUGGUUUCAUUGAAUCACAGUCACCUGUAUUUAUUGCUGGGAGAAGGCUGAGGGGGUGGGGGGGAUGAUCAUGUGUGCCCAGGGUUGGCCCGAAGCCCUGGAUGGGGGGUGGGGAGUGAGGGAGGACUAACUGGGGAUGAGGGGACAUAUUUGUGACAAAUUUUUUUUUACUUCCUCUUGGCCCCCAGCUGUGACAGGUUUUGAUAAAAGGAGAAACAAUAAAGAGAUAAACGAUAAA